AUGAGAUGGUCCCAAGAGAACGAACAGAUCCUGUGGAGAACCAUCUUCGAAACCCAGGAUCUUUUCAUUGAUCUGGAAAAAGUGGCAAACGCUUGGCCCGGUGAUGAAAAGGACAAACCAUCCGUCAAGGCCCUCUGCGAGCAGCUGUCUAAAUAUCGCAAAGCUUCCAAUGGAACCAACACCGUCAAGUUGAGCAUGGGUGGCGCUAAGCGCAAGGCCGCCGACUCUAAUACCACCACCCCCCGCAAGAGGGCCACCCCCAAGAAGGCUACUCCCAAGAAGAAGGACAAGCAAGCUGAGCCUGUCCAGGAUGAGGAUACUUCUGUUAAGGAAGAGGCUGUCAAGGAGGAGAGCAAGGAGCAAUUUGCUUAG